AUGAAUUAAAAUUAACAUUUUAUCUAUGAAAACUACAUGCAUAAUUAAUAUGUAAAGCCUUUUUAGGAAGUAAAUAAAAGCGCUGAAAACUCUUUAAGCUCAUUCAGUAGUGCAAAGAAGAAUCCUUUUAUAAAAGUAAGAUAAGUUAGUGUAGUAGACAUUUUAAAAGGCGAUGAUCAAGAUUCAUUCUAAUCAUAAACAAAACUAACAUAAAAUAAUAUACACCAGUUUAGUCAAAAUGUGAUAAAUGCAUAAUAAAAUCAUGUUUAGAAUACAUAAAAUUCACAGGAAUCUCAUUAAUGCAGCAAAAUAAUUGAAGAAGAAUACAGUAAUACACACAAAACUGAUAAUGGUAUGGAGAUCUAAGUAGACUAUAGCUACAAUGAGUCUCACUAGAGAGCUAGAGAGUCAGAUAAUGAGCAAACAGUGCAUAAACAAAGUUUUACUUAAAUUAUUGGCUAAUUAGUAAAGAAGAAAAGAAAAAAUAAUAUUGAAUUAGAAUACAUAACUUCAAAGAAUGUUUGGAAGAAGAAGUGGUUAGGAAUUCUAUUUUAUGUAUCGAAAUUUCUCUAUAUAGCAAAAUAAACCUAGUAGCUUUUUAGAGCAGCUUUGUUAACAUCUUUUUAAUUGCAUUUAAUAGGUGAUGCUGCUAGUGAUUUAGAUUAGAAUGAUAAUUUCAGUAAGCUUGAUUUACGUAUAAUAUCUUUGUUUUUACUUUUUGCUGGGUCAUUGUUUUAUGGUCAUUUGUUUGCUUGUCUUUGGUACUAUGUAGGAACUUAAAAUGAAGAAGGUUGGAUUAAUUUUAAUUAAUUAGAUAGAAGCGAUAUCUAUUCUAAUUAUAUUUGCAGCUAUUACUACGCAGUUAUAACGAUGACUACUAUAGGUUAUGGUGAUAUAACUGCUAAAACAACUAAUGAAAGAUUUGUGAUGAUUUUUUUGGCAUUAUUAUCUUGUGGUAUUUUUGGCUUUACAAUCAAUUCUAUAGGUAACAUUCUUUCUGAUUUCAAGCAAAAGAGUGAUAUGUACCUCACAGAACUAGGAAAAUUAAACAAAUUUUUAAGCUACUAUCAAGUUUCGACAUAAGUCCAAACUAAUGCAAGAAAAUAUUUGAAAUUUGUUCAUUAAGAAAAAAACAAAGAUUAAUUAUCAACUCUUUAGUCUUUGACUAAUUUAUCUGAUUAUUUACAGAACUAAAUAAAAAUGGAAGUUAUUUCUAAAAAAUUGAAAUAAAUACACUUUUUUAGAAAUGUAUUAAAAGAAGAAACUAUUUUGAAACUUUCUCUGCAAGUUAAAGAGAGUAUCUAUUAGCCCGAAUAGAUUAUUUUAGGAUAAAAUGAAGUAAAAGAGCCAUCAAUUUACAUAAUCAAUCAUGGGAGAGUCUUAAAAUAUUCUUAGUAUGAUAUAACAGCUAAAGAAAAUUCUAUUGUUGAAUUGAAAGAAAAAGAAAACUUUGGGCUGAUUGAGUUUUUUAUGAACACAGAAAACUCUUAUUUUAAUUACAAAAGCAAAGAACUCACUUCGAUAUUUUCCAUACAACUCUCUUCAUUUUUAAAAAUAAUAAAGCAGGAUAAUGAAAGUUAUGAGAAAUUCUGCUAUAUUAGAGACUAAGUAAUUUAUUAGCAAUAUUUAAGCUAAGUUAAUUAUUCUUGUUUAUCUUGCUAAUCAAAAAAUCAUACAUUGAAAGAAUGUCCAUGCAUUUUUUAUAAUUCAAGAAAAAUAAAUGUGAUUAAAAAAAAUUUGUAGUAAGAAAAAGAAAUUUUAGAGAUAAAACGCUCAAACAAAAAAAAACAAAAUUGCUGGAUAUUAUUUGAAUUAAAUAAUUCAAAAGCCUUAGACUUUUAAAAUGAUAACAUUAAUUAACUAUCUUAUAAUGAAUGCUCUUAAAUAACAGACGAAGAAUAAGAUGAUAAUAAGGGAUUUUAUAUUUAAGAACAAGAGAUUGCAGAUGUUGAACCAAAUAAAAUUAUUUUUACUUAAAAUUUAUUAAAAAUAAAUGAAGAACGAGAUAACUUUAUUUCACAUAAGACAUCAGAAGUUCUAAAUGAAGAUGAUUGCUCGAUUGGAAAAAUUGGUUCAGAGCUAAAGCCAUAAAUUAUGAUUUAACCAAGAAGAAAUUAAAUUUACGAUUAGCAAAGAUCAGAUGAAAUAAAAAAGCAAAAUAGCAAUCUAAUGGAGCACUAAUUAGAUGAAGAAUUAUCUAAAUAGGGGCAAAUAGUUUCACUUAACUCUCAAAAAAACAUUUCUUAGACAAUUCAUUCUUCAGCAAAUAUUGCUUAAAAUUAAAGCUAAUAUUUUUUAUAGAACUUAAUGUAGAAUUUGAAAGACAUUCAGAUACUUUUAUCUUAAAAUUUAUAUCCUCAAAAAGUACAGUAAAAAUAAGGAAACAUUUCUAGACGAAACACUAAAAGAGUAGAAUCAUCUAACUUAUAUAAUUUUAAAAAAGAGUAUAGUUCUAGUUUAUUAGGAUCAAAUAACAAUGUUAAGCAUGCUAAAUCUAUUUCGCAUUCUUUAUUACCAAUUUUAACAAAACACUAAAAGUCAAUAGUAGAAUUUGAAUUUUAAGAUGAAGAAUUUGAUAAAUUGCACUAAUUUAAAAUUUAUUACCCUCUCAACAAUUUUGAUACUAGCUUAAAUUAUGAAAAGUAUUUGCCAAGUUAGUUCUCAAAGUCUCUAUAGGAUGAAAGCAAAAACAUUGAAAAUUCUUAAACCUCGUUUAAUAGUGGAAAAAAGACUCCAUUUAUUAAAAUAAAAUAAGUUAGUGUGGUAGACAUAUUAAAAGGAGAUGAUUAAGAUUCAGUAUAGUCUUUUGGAAAAAUUACAUAAAAUAACAUAAAUUAAUAAUGCCAUAACUACGUAUAUACAUUAAAUUAGGGUUAUGAUUCCUCCCAUACUUAGGAUUCUUAGCAAUGCAGCAAAAUCAUUGAAGAAGAAUAUAGCAUUAUGUAAAAAACAUAGAAUGACCCUGAAAUAUAAGUGGAUUGUAGCAAAGAUGACUCUAACUAAAAAGAAAAAGAAAUAGAAAAUGAGGUGUAAAAGUAAAGCUUUACAUAGAUUGUAGGUUAAUUAAUUAAGAAAAAAAGAAAAAAUAAUAUUGAAUUAGAAUACAUCAAUUCUAAGGAUGUUUGGAAAAAGAAAUGGUUAGGAGUUCUUUUUUAUGUAUCGAAAUUUUUAUAUAUCGCUAAGUAGUGUCAAAAAGUUUUCAGAGCAUCUUUACUUACAUCGUUUUAGUUGCAUUUAAUAGGUGAUAUUUCUAGUGACUUUGAGUAAAAUGAAAGCUAUAGUAAGCUUGAUCUCACUUGUUUACUAAAUCAAAUAGGUAUUAUAUCCUUGUUUUUGCUAUUUGCAGGAUCUUUAUUUUAUGGACAUUUAUUUGCUUGCUUCUGGUAUUACGUUGGAACUUAAAGUGAAUAAGGAUGGAUACAUUUUAAUUAGUUAGAUAUUAAUAAUAUUUAUUCUAAUUAUAUUUGCAGUUAUUACUAUGCAGUUGUAACCAUGACUACUAUAGGAUAUGGAGAUAUUACUGCUAAAACAGAUUAGGAAAGAUUUGUAAUGAUUUUUUUGGCAUUAUUAUCUUGUGGAAUAUUCGGUUUCACUAUUAACUCUAUAGGUAAUAUACUCUCAGAUUUCAAGUAGAAGAGUGAUAUGUACCUCACAGAAUUGGGAAAGUUGAAUAAAUAUUUAAGUUUCUAUUAAGUUUCAUCUCAAGUCCAGAUUAAUGCAAGGAAAUACUUAAAGUUUAUUCAUUAAGAAAAAAACAAAGAUUAAUUAUCAACUUUCUAGUCUUUAAAUAAUUUAUCUGAUUAUUUACAGAACUAAAUAAAAAUGGAGGUUAUCUCAAAAAAAUUAAAAUAAAUAAAAUUUUUAACAAAUAUAUUAAAAGAAGAAAUAAUUUUGUAGCUUUCCCUAUAAGUUUAGGAGAGGAUUUAUUAACCAGAGUAAAUUAUAUUAGACUAAAAUGAAAAUAAAGAACCAGCUAUAUACCUAAUCAAUCAUGGGAGAGUCCUAAAAUAUUCUUAGUAUGAUAUAACAGCAAAAGAAAAUUCUAUUGUUGAAUUGAAAGAAAAAGAAAACUUUGGGCUAAUUGAGUUUUUUAUGAACAAAGAAAACUCAAAUUUCAAUUACAAAAGCAAGGGAAUCACUUCCAUAUUUUCAUUAGAAUUGUCUUCUUUUUUAAAAAUAAUAAAAUAAGAUGAUGAAAGCUAUGAGAAAUUCUGCUAUGUUAAAGACUAAAUUAUUUAUCAGUAAUAUUUAAGCUAAGUUAAUUACUUUUGCUUAUCAUGCUAAUCAAAAAACCACACAUUGAAAGAAUGUCCUUGUAUUUUUUAUAAUGAAAGACACUUAAGCAUAGUAAAAAAAACUUUAUAAUAAAAUUAAGAGCUCUAUGAUAAAAAACGCUAAAUUAAAAAGAAAUAAAAUUGUAGGAAGUUGUUUGACUAAAUUUAUAGCAAGGCAAUCGAUUUUUAAAACAACAAUAUUAACUAACUUUCUUUCAAUGAAUGCUCUUAAUUAACUGAAGAAGAAGAUGAUGAUCAUGAAUAUGAGGAAUAAGAAAAAUAAAAUAAUAAUAGUAAAAACUUAUUUAUUGAAGGAAUAGAAAAGUUAGAGGCUGAAGCAAGAAAAAGCAUUUUUACUUAAAACUUAUUAAAGGUUAAUGAAGAAAAAGAUAGUUUUAUUUCGCAUAAAACAGGGGAAGUUUUAAAUGAAGAUGAUUGCUCAAUAGGAAAAAUAGCUUCAGAAUUAAAGCCAUAAAUUAUGAUUUAACCAAGAAGGAAUCAUACAUAUGAUUUUUAAAAAUCAGAGGAGAUGAAAAAACAGAACAGUAAUUUAAUAGAGCAUCAGCAAGAUGAUGACUUUUUUAGACAUGGACGAAUGAUAUCUCUUAACUCUUAAAAGAAUGUAGGUUAACUUAAUCAGCCCUCUGCUAAUAUAGCAUAAAAUCAGAAUAGCAAUAUUAUAUAGAAUUUGGUGUAAAAUUUGAAAGAGUUUCAAAAUUUUCUUUAACAAAACUAAAGCUCACAAAAAGCACCUCUUAAAUAAGGCAAUUUUAACAAAUUAACUACAAAAAGACUCGAUUCUUCAUCUAUUAUAUUUAAUAUAAAAAAUGAACACAGUAAUAGUUUAAAUGGAUCAAAUAACUAAAAUAAAUAAGCAAAAUAGAAUUCAUUUACAUUUUUCGAAGCUAAAAAUUCAAACGAAAAGUCAUAAUAAAAAAUUUAAAUUUGUGAAGAAGACUUGGACAAACUACAACUAUUUAAAAUAUAUUAUCCUUUAAGUAAUUAUGACUUAGUUAUUGCUCAUGUUAAUAAAUCUCAUUUAUAAUUCAAAAUCCCUUAAAUAUUAAAAAAUUUAAAGCUGAAAAAAAGGGGUGAAAACUAAAUAAGGCACAAUCCUAUUCUUUGA